AGACCUGGAGGAGACGCAUGGCAGCAAGUCGACGGAGGUGCUCUCUGCCACCGAGCUCAAGGUCCAGCUGGCACAGAAGGAGCAAGAGCUAGCGCGAGCCAAAGAAGCCCUGCAGGACAACUCUUAGAGUCUUUGCCACAUCAGUAGGAACCUGUGGCUUUUCGCUGUUCAGAGCUGUCUCGGGGAGAGAGGCUUUUACAAGAGCAAUGAAUGACACCAAACGUGGCAACUGCAUCAAGUAUUCUGCAUAAGUGUUGUUCACGUAGGGCUGGUGAUGGAAAUUUUUUUGCAGUGCAUCUACCUUCACGUGGGUCACAAGAGCACAUCAUUUCCUUUGGAGGGUAUUUUUGUUCCUUGUAUCUGCCCGGUAUCGUGCACGCCAAUUCUCUGCUAGUAGGUAAAUGUGAGAAAGACCGAGACGAAGGCAAGACGGAGAGAAUUUGGGCAACCAGUGUUACUAUGGUGGGCGCAAUGUCUCUCUACAAGCGAAUGAGUAAACUGAGUCCGAGGACGUAGUUCCCUAUUUAAGUAUUUACUAUAAACUAAUGACAGAGCUACCACAAUGGAAGCAUCUUUAAUUGGAAAGUAAGUCUGUGUUUUGGAGAGGACUCCAUUCGACAGCAGUUUGGAAGUAGUUAAAGACCUAUGGGUUGCUUCCCUCGAGAUACUUGUCCUGCUGUAACUCAACUUCACUGCCUCCGAGACCUUCCUCUUUGAUUUCAAGCAGUUUCCUAAUGGAGGGUAUGCAGCCUUUCACCCCUAGCUCCUGGGCUGCAGGUCAGACCCAGCCAGAGGGGACUAGAAAUCGCAGUCACAGGUGAAAUGAUGUUCAUUCAGCAUCAUCCCCCAAAUCCUUACUGACUUAGCCAAAGGCUAAAUGAGCCGUGGGCACUGAGCUGCCCUGAUCCUCUACUGCUGCCCUACCCAUGUCCUGAGCAAAGUUGGAGAAAGAAAAAUGUCUUGGAUUGUCCCCAAGCCGAGCGAGGAGUCUUCUUUUCUGUGCAUCUCUUUGCACUUUGUCUUCGCUCGCUAGCCCUGGGCACGUGGGGGGAAGUUUGCACUUGUGUCCCACCUGUUGCCGAAUCCACGGAGGACGCCACUCUGUACCCGUCAAUCCACAACCCUUCGGCCAUCCUGAAAGCAUUCAGAUUAAAUAAAUUUCUUUUAAAGAAAGCCCUCUGGCAUCGCUAUCUGCGGAUUAUAUUCUCAGAAGAACUGCUGCCCCCUUAUUUUGUGACGUCUCUCUCUGUGCAACUUUGCUUCCCGGCGAGCUGGAGAUGAAAUGGAACCGAUUUGUUGUACAUGUGGAUUCUGUAGCAAUAGUUUCCAUAGCGACGGUAUCCAGGAGAACCGCGCUCCCUUUCCCAUGGGAGGUUCUGGUACUUCAGAUAGCUCAGCCAUGAAGGCGGAUCGAAAACGCUUGAAGGCAGAGAAAACAGACCUGGUAAGCCAAAUGCAGCAGCUCUACGCCACGCUGGAGAGCCGGGAGGAACAGCUACGGGACUUCAUCAGGAACUACGAGCAACACAGAAAAGAGAGUGAGGACGCGGUGAAAGCACUCGCGAAAGAAAAAGAUCUCCUGGAGCGUGAGAAGUGGGAGCUACGCCGGCAAGCCAAAGAGGCAACGGACCAUGCCAGCGCGCUGCGCUCCCAGCUGGACCUGAAAGACAACCGAAUGAAGGAACUGGAAGCCGAGUUAGCCAUGGCCAAGCAGUCCUUAGCCACGUUAACCAAGGACGUCCCCAAGCGGCAUUCGUUAGCCAUGCCAGGCGAGGCGGUGCUAAACGGGAACCAGGAGUGGGUGAUGCAGGCGGACCUCCCGCUCACGGCCGCUAUCCGACAGAGCCAGCAGACGCUGUACCACUCGCAUCCCCAGCACUCCGCCGACAGACAAGCUGUCAGAGUGAGUCCUUGUCAUUCACGGCAGCCUUCCAUAAUCUCUGACGCGUCAGCAGCAGAAGGCGACAGGUCGUCCACGCCAAGUGACAUCAACUCCCCUCGACAUCGAACGCAUUCCCUGUGCAAUGGGGAUAGUCCUGGACCGGUACAGAAGAACUUGCACAACCCAAUUGUACAGUCUCUAGAGGACCUCGAAGACCAAAAAAGGAAAAAGAAGAAAGAGAAAAUGGGAUUUGGCUCCAUCUCAAGGGUAUUUGCCAGAGGGAAGCAGCGGAAGUCCCUAGACCCAGGCCUCUUUGAUGACUCCGACAGCCUGUCCAGCCCGACCCGCCUGAGCCUCAGCCUGUCCGAAGGGGAGGAGCAGGUCGACCGGCUGCAGCAGGUGGAGCUGGUCCGCACCACGCCCAUGUCUCAGUGGAAGGCCAGCACCGUGCAGACGUGGCUGGAGGUGGUGAUGGCCAUGCCCAUGUACGUCAAGGCCUGCGCCGAGAAUAUCAAGAGCGGGAAGAUGUUGUUAACUCUGAGCGAUGAAGAUUUGGCAACAGAACUUGGCGUGUGCAACUCCCUUCACCGCCGCAAACUUCGACUGGCAAUAGAAGACUACAGAGACGCAGAGGCAGGCAGAUGCUUGUCUAAAGCCUCUGAGCUGGAUCACCACUGGGUAGCCAAAGCCUGGCUGAAUGACAUUGGGCUGUCUCAGUACUCCCAAGCUUUCCAAAAUCAUCUCAUUGAUGGACGGAUGCUGAACUCACUGAUAAAACGAGAUUUGGAGAAGCACCUUAACGUGUCCAAAAAGUUCCACCAGAUCAGCAUCUUGUUGGGAAUAGAGCUGCUUUUUCAAGUCAACUUCAGCAAGGAGGUUCUGCAAGAGCGGAGGGCUCGCUGCGAGAUGCAGAACGUCGACCCCCUUGUCUGGACAAAUCAGCGGGUGCUCAAGUGGGUGAGGGACAUCGAUCUGAAGGAGUACGCAGACAACCUGAUGAACAGCGGAGUCCAUGGGGCUGUGCUGGUGCUAGAGCCGACAUUCAACGCAGAAGCCAUGGCGACAGCUCUGGGCAUCCCUAGCACCAAGCACAUCCUGCGGAAGCACCUGGCAGAGGAGAUGAACGCCAUCAUUAGCCCAGCCAAGUGAGGUAGAAAUUCCUGCCCACCCUCCCGCAUAACUACCGAGAGCCAGCUGCAUCAGGAAGGUGCAGUUCUGCAGUGAGUAUUGCAAGGGGAGAGGAUAAUGGAAACCCCACAAGGAAGUCUGCAGCGCUGACUGCACCGGAGCUGGUCUCUGCAGGGACUUGCACCCGGGGAGACUCGGGGAAAGAAACGGGGCCACGAGAGGAGAAGGGACCAACAGACUUGGCAGGCCAUGGCUCCUUAAGGUACUCCUUUCCUCCCUGCAAACAGGAGAAGCUUUGUUGGCACCUUGCAACCCCUCUGCAGAGAGGACUCCCUGUGACCUCCCGGCAUGUGUCUCUGCUUGGGCCUGACCCAAACCCCACUCCAGUCAACAAGCAGCCUUGCCCUACUUUGCCUAAAACUGAAAUUGUAAUGCUGCUGCCUGUGCUGUUUCCAAGUGCUAAUGGUAACUGUAGAUUGCUGGUAAGUAUAUUUGUCCUGUUUCAGUAACACAUUAAGUUAUCUCGGCCAAGAGCGUGUUUGAGUGGUUGCAGCAGGGGGAAAGGGAGUCUGAUCUCCUGGGGUCUGCUCUUGCUCUGCCACUGCUUCGCUCUGUGAACUUGGGCAAGUCAUUUAACCGCUCCGUGCCUCAGUUUACUCAUCUGUAAAGUGGACGUAAUGCUACUUACCUACCUCACAGAGAAUUGUGAGAAUUACUGUUGGAUAAUAACUUGCUUUGUGAUACACCAUGACAGUGUAUAAUUUCAUUAUGUAUAAUAUAUUAAACAGCUGAA